UUCCUGUUUUCCUCUUGGAUAGGAAGAAAACCUGAGACAUCAACCUAUGAAGACUGUGAAGACAAUUCUGAAUAGCAGGAGUGACUGGUGUUGCUGUCAAACUUAUUCUGCAGCACAUCUGAAAUGAGCCUCUCUUAUUGAUUGUUUUCAUUGGCCCAGAGCCAGGAGUACUGGAUUCAGUUGACUUCGUAAAUGUAUGAACCAGUGUGAUGGUGAAAUGAGAUGAGGCUCCGAAAUGGAACUGUAGCCACCGUUUUAGCAUUUAUCACUUCAUUCCUUACUUUAUCUUGGUAUACUACAUGGCAAAAUGGGAAAGAAAAAUUGAUUGCUUAUCAACGAGAAUUUCUUGCUCUGAAAGAACGUCUUCGGAUAGCUGAACAUAGAAUCUCACAGCGUUCUUCUGAAUUAAGUGCCAUUGUACAGCAGUUCAGGCGUGUAGGAGCAGAGACAAAUGGAAGUAAGGACACAUUGAAUACAUUUUCAGAUAAUACCUUAAAGCUAUUAAAGGAGUUAACAGGAAAAAAAUCUCUCCACGUGCCAAGUAUUUAUUAUCAUUUGCCUCAUUUAUUGCAAAAUGAAGGAAGCCUUCAACCUGCUGUGCAGAUUGGUAAUGGAAGAACAGGAGUUUCAAUAGUAAUGGGAAUUCCUACUGUGAAGAGAGAAGUUAAAUCUUACCUCGUAGAAACUCUUCAUUCCCUUAUUGAUAAUCUGUAUCCUGAAGAGAAAUUGGACUGUGUAAUAGUAGUCUUCAUAGGAGAGACAGAUAUUGAUUAUGUACACGGUGUUACAGCCAACCUGGAGAAAGAAUUUUCUAAAGAAAUCAGUUCUGGUUUGGUGGAAAUAAUAUCACCUCCUGGAAGCUAUUAUCCUGACUUGACAAACUUAAAGACGACAUUUGGAGACUCUAAAGAAAGAGUAAGAUGGAGAACAAAGCAAAACCUAGAUUAUUGUUUUCUAAUGAUGUAUGCUCAGGAAAAGGGCAUAUAUUACAUUCAGCUUGAAGAUGAUAUUAUUGCCAAACCAAAUUACUUUAACACUAUCAAAAAUUUUGCCCUUCAACUUUCUUCUGAGGAAUGGAUGAUACUAGAGUUCUCCCAGCUGGGCUUCAUUGGUAAAAUGUUUCAAGCGCCAGACCUCACUCUGAUUGUGGAAUUCAUAUUUAUGUUCUAUAAGGAGAAGCCCAUUGAUUGGCUCUUGGACCACAUUCUUUGGGUGAAAGUCUGCAACCCUGAAAAAGAUGCGAAACAUUGUGAUAGACAGAAAGCAAAUCUACGAAUUCGUUUCAGACCUUCCCUCUUUCAGCACGUUGGCCUGCAUUCUUCACUAACAGGAAAACUUCAGAAACUUACGGAUAAAGAUUACAUGAAACCAUUACUUCUUAAAAUCCAUGUAAACCCACCUGCAGAAGUAUCUACUUCUCUGAAGGUCUACCAAGGACACACACUGGAGAAAACAUAUAUGGGGGAGGAUUUCUUCUGGGCUAUCACUCCGACUGCAGGAGACUACAUCUUGUUUAAAUUUGAUAAGCCGGUCAAUGUGGAAAGUUACUUGUUCCAUAGUGGCAACCAAGAACAUCCAGGAGAUAUUCUGCUGAACACUUCUGUGGAAGUUUUGCCUUUUAAGAGUGAAGGUUUGGAAAUAAGCAAAGAAACCAAAGACAAACGAUUAGAAGAUGGUUAUUUCAGAAUAGGGAAAUUUGAGAACGGUGUUGCAGAAGGAAUGGUGGAUCCUAGCCUAAACCCCAUUGCAGCCUUUCGACUUUCAGUUAUUCAGAAUUCUGCUGUUUGGGCCAUUCUCAAUGAGAUUCAUAUUAAAAAAGUCACCAACUGAUCAUCUCCUAAGAGACCAAUACAUUUUUUCUGUAUGUUUGUUGAUUAAAGAUAGUGAACCAUGUACUUUUUUUUUACUUGAACACUACCUCUUGUGAAUCUACUGUAGAUGGUUGUCAUUUCCACUCGGCAAGUGACUCUCCCACGGAUAAUAUAUUCAUUCAAACCUAAGCUGUCCUCCAGUUUUAACUUGACUCAAACAUUUUACAGCUACGACAGCCUGUUAAUAUGACUUGUACUACUUAGGUAUUAUACUAAUACAUAAGAGUUGUACAUAUUGUUACAUUCCUUAAAUUUGAGAAAAAAUGUUAAAUUUUAUGAAGGGGGUACUUUUGAGAUUCAUUUAUUUUACUAUUAUAGACCCUCUUUUAUAGAUUAUCAGGGAUUAUAUAUAAAUAUAUAAAUAUACAUAAAAUGUUAUGGAGUUAAUUUAUUAGAAACACUUAAGAAGUACAUAUUUUUGUGCAGUAAAUUUUUGAAUCAAUACUUUUUUUGAAAACCAAUUACCUUGCUUUUUUAAGUUUUCUGUAUUUUCCUUUGGAAAAGCAAACAUAAGUUAAUGCCAUUUUUCAAAUUCACUGCCAUUUCCGAGUGAUUCUAGAUUGAUUUCCUAACAGAAGUGCUUUUUGACAGUAGCCCCCCGCCCUAUGUUACCUGCAGUUUGGCUUUCCAUGGUUUCAGUUACCCUUAGUCAACUGUGGUCCAAAAAUAUUAAAUGAAAAGUUCCAGAAAUAAGCAAUUCAUAAGUGUGAAAUGUGCGCCGUUCUGAGUGGUGUGAUGAAGCCUCACGCCAGCCCCCUCCGGCCCACCUCGGACGUGGAUUACCCUUUGUCCAGCUUCUGCGCCUCACUUCAUGCCGCCACGCUGGCAUUGAAUCAUCCUGCCUCACAAGAAGGAGGGUGAGUACAGUACAAUAAGAUGCUGAGUUGGACCACAUUCACGUAACUUUCCUUACAGUAUGUUGUUAAAGUUGUUCUUUUAUUAGUUAUUUUCAACCUCCUCCUGUGCCUGAUUGAUAAAUGUUAUCAUAGGUACGUAUGUACAGGAAAAAACAUAGUGUAUAUAGGGUUUGGUACUAGCCGUGGUUUCAGACAUCCACUGGGGGUCUUGGAACAUAUCCCCUAUGGAUAAGGAGGGGACUACUGUAAUUGCUGAUCUUGAGCAAAAUAUUUUCAAAGUUUGUCAUUCCUUAAAGCCAAGAUUUUUAAACCAAUGUCCUUUUUGAGGCUUAUUUUACUAUAUUGUGUAUGGUGUAUAGCCACACAAAAAAUCAGUCUGAUAAAUUUUAAUGUACAGGGAUGAUGCCUUCAACCCAAAUUACCAUGGAUUUAUUAGCUCAUUAUAUUUCCUCUGAUGUGUAAGAUGAACUCUUUUUGAUUUUGUCUUUAUUCUGUGAGUUAGAUGCAGUAUCUCUUUUCUUGUUGAUCCUUAUAUAUCUGCACUCAUGAGUUUUGACAAAAUGUUUUCUAGAUAAUGCUAUUGUGUGUCAUAACUGGUUUAAUAUUAAAGAAAAACAAAAUUGUGAUAUUGGUUUUUGAUGAAA